UGAAAAAUAACGUGAAGAUAAGAUGGAAAUUUGGUGCAUAGAAAAUAGGAGUAAAAAGGAUGACAAAAUACAGUCAUCCCGUCCGUACAAAGAAGGCGAUCGCCCAAGCAUCGUCGACCAAGGACUUCCAAAUCGCCGAUGACCCACAGAUCACUUUCUGUGCUGUCCACGUGUUCCCCUUCCAUUUGUUCAGCCUUCAAUGAACUUUAAACCCAAACGUGUUCUUUGCGUUUCUCUUUCCUCUCACUACUUCAAAGUCCAAACCCAUCUCUGCACUGCCCUCUCCGGCGAAUAUAUCCCUCUACCCGACGCCGUUUACCCGUAAAGAAUCUUUUUUCACAUGUAUCGACCUGUGUAAAAGAAGAAAUAUAUCAAGACUGAAAGAGAGACGCUGAAAUUCACAAUCUUUUAUACCCAUUCUUCCACCUAAAGGCGCCCUUCUCUACCAGGCACGAAAAAGUUUGUAAAGUGUAAAGUUGUGGUCUUGAAGGCUACUGGGUUAGGUCUUAACUUUCUUUACCCCUAUAUAAUUCAUAUAUAUGCAUGGCAAUUGUGUGUCUGGUGUAUAUGUACAGUAGAUUUUGUGCCCGCAAGUCCGGGUCUCUUUAAUUUCGCCUCCCUUAUCUAUUCGCAUCUCGCUUCUUUAAAGACUCUUGCUUUUUCCCAUCUGCACGGCUUCCAUGGCUUUGGGUUCCCGUUGAAGCUCCAAAUUCAUUCAAAGCAAGAAAAAGGUGAUCUCGGAUAGGUGUAUAUAGUUGCUUAACAUUGUUCGGACAGUCUGGGGGUUUCAUCUGAGAUUUGGAUGGUGAUUUGGGGUAUGGGUCUUCAAUUUUUUAUUGUAUUAUAAAUCUAACUGGUGAGCUGAGAAGGUAGUUGGAAAGCGUGGGGUUUGAUCAGUAAUCCAAAUUUGAGAGAGUUGGGGUUUGAAUAUGAGGCCCUCAGGUAUAAUCUGAUUAGGUUUUUGUACUAUGAGCUGUGAGAGUGAGACGAACAGAGGAGGAGGAGGAGGAGGAUAUGAAGGAGAAUAUGAGAAAACCAAAGAGGAAGACGAACAUGACCAAACUUUUGGCGGUCGAGAUUCUGUUGUUGAGUUUUCAUUGAAUGGAUCAAUUGUAGCCUCACAGCAACAUUCUAUUGAUGAAAGAGUACUGGUUGAUCCCAAACUUAUUUAUAUUGGAUCCAAAAUUGGUGAAGGAGCUCAUGGAAAAGUUUACCAAGGAAGGUAUGGAGAUCAGAUUGUUGCUAUUAAAGUUCUCAAACGUGGGGACACCACCCAAGAAAGAGCUUCACUGGAAAGUAGAUUUGUGAGGGAAGUAACAAUGAUGUCAAAGGUAAAACACGAGAACCUUGUGAAGUUUAUUGGAGCUUGUAAGGAUCCUUUGAUGGUAAUUGUGUCUGAGCUGCUACCAGGAAUGUCCCUUCGGAAGUAUUUAGUGAGCCUUCGCCCAGCAAAGCUGGACCUUCUACUUGCACUAAAUUUUGCUCUUGAUAUUGCGAGGGCCAUGGAGUGUCUACAUGCUAAUGGAAUUAUACAUAGAGAUCUAAAACCUGACAAUUUAUUGCUCACAGCGAGUCAGGAUUCUCUGAAGCUUGCAGAUUUUGGGCUUGCAAGGGAAGAGACUUUGACUGAAAUGAUGACUGCAGAAACUGGGACUUAUCGUUGGAUGGCACCUGAGUUGUACACUUCUACCAUACAUUUCUGCAGUUGUACAGCACAGUGACUCUGCGUCAGGGAGAGAAAAAGCAUUACAACAACAAAGUUGAUGUCUAUAGUUUUGGAAUUGUCCUGUGGGAGUUGCUGACAAACCGCAUGCCAUUUGAGGGAAUGUCAAAUUUGCAGGCUGCAUAUGCUGCCGCCUUUAAGCAAGAGAGACCUAUACUUGCAGAAGAGAUUCCGCCAGAUUUAGCAUUCAUCAUACAGUCAUCUUGGGUAGAAGACCCUAAUAUGCGGCCGAGCUUCACCCAAAUCAUCCGGAUGCUCAAUGAGUAUCUGCUCACCCUUGCUUCACCCCCAACAUCUAGCAACGGCACCGUUGUUGAGUUCUCUACCAGAGCUAAAGGCAAAUUCUCCUUUAUUCGCCACAUUUUUGCUGCAAAGAAGGGUAAAAACUCGCAAUGAUGAUGGUGGAAGAACAUAUAGCUGGAAGCUAUGUGCUGGAAAUAUCUUUAACAAACAAUAAAAUGACAUAAAGAAAAAGGGGUACCUUCAGUAGUCUAUUUUAGCUGAUGGCAGUGUUGUAAAGGAACGCGUUUCAAUACUCUCUAUGUCCAUAUUUCAAACAUGUCUUUUUUAACCUUAAUGGAAUUUCUUGUCCAGCAGUUUGAAAGUAGCUAACCAUGUUCCCUCAGGAUGCUGCUGGAUCUUUUCUCCUUGAUGAUAGAUGUGGCUCUGGUGCACGCUGACAGCCUCCCGUGUUACCUUUUGGGUGGUCAACAAUGUGCUCAGUUAAGGGUCAGCUGAUAACCGCAACUGCAUACCGAUGACCAAGCCAAAAGAAAUGUUUUUCAGUAAUCACUUAUUAAAAAAUGGUUAUCGGUUACAUUACGGAUUUUAUCUUCAGUUUUCAGUCAGUGACCACUGGCACUGAUCAAUAACCAAACUCCACAUAUAGUACUCCAUAAUAGUAUUUCUUUUUUGUAGUUCAUAUAUUUGUAUACAUCGUAUUGACUAGCCCAAAUCCCAAACACUUUGAAGUCCAUUAGGAUAAACUCAAUAGCAAAAUUACUAUACUAGUUUAAAGCUUCACUGUGUAUUGUUCAUCUUGACCUGAGCUUGAUGGGAUCUUCG